AUGGACCCUGAGAAGUUGAAGGGCUGUGAGGAGACCAUGGCGCCCGAAAUACACCUAGAAAUUGAUGCCGCCAACCCACAAUCUGUCCGCUAUGAUCCUCAUGGAUAUCCAGUGGUUCCGCAGCCAACAGACCAUAAAGACGACCCAUUGAACUGGAACCCUACCUUGAAACUCAGUGUCUGCCUUCAAAUCAGUUGGCUCGCGCUUUUGGGACCCCUAUCCUCCGCCGUUGCCAAUCCCGCGUUUGUUCCGAUGGGAAAUCAUUUCGGCUUAUCUGUCGUGGAAGCUAGCUAUGAACUGACGAUAUUUCUUGUUUUCGCCGGAAUCGGCCCCUUGAUCGUCAUUCCUUUCGGCAACGAAUACGGUCGACGCCCAAUCUACUUGCUGGGAAACCUCGUCGCAGCAAUUACAAAUGUUGUUGCCGGGUACUGUAGUACUUGGACUGGACUUAUGGUCACCCGGGGUUUCAAUGGCUUGGGUGCAGGCUCUGUUAUGGCGAUGGGCGCAGCUACUAUCUGUGACAUGUACUUCGUCCAUCAACGGGGUACUUAUAUGGGAAUAUACACCCUGGCCUUGACUAGCGGAGCUCAUAUUGCUCCCCUGUUGGGUGGUUUCAUCGCACAGUCGAUCGGUUGGCGUGCUUGCUUCUUUAUCCCUGGGUACAUACAACUCGGAACAUUUGUCAUGACCAUUUUCUGUCUUCCGGAGACACGGUAUUCUGCAACUCAUUCCGCUUCGACGACCUACCUGGAGCAAUCAUACCUCCAAAACCUAAUGUUCAAAAAGAGCAAAGUUCCAGCCCGCCGACCGCGUGUGCGAGAUUUUACCAGGCCGUUCGAAAUGCUGAAAAUGGCAUCAGUCUUCCUUCCAGCUGUCCUUUACAUGGCUUGCUUUGGGUACGGCACUGUUCUUUUCGCUCUCACGGGCGCUAAGCUAUUUACCGAGCUAUAUGGGUUCUCUACUGCCCAAACAGGGUUGAUGCUCAGCAUACCCCUUUUGAUCGGAGGAGUAACUGGUGAACUCAACGCUGGAUGGGUAACGGAUUGGCUAUCCAAUCGACAUGCGCAGAGAAAUAAUGGAGAUCGGCUCCCAGAAGCCAGACUAACUGCUAUAUUCGGGGCCAUACUUCUUCCAGUUGGCGUGAUCAUCGAAGGGGUAUGCCUGUCACACAGUAAAACUGCCAGUUGGGUUGGCAGCGCAUUUGGGAUGGGAAUUGCCAAUAUGGGACUUCAGAUUGCCACGACGACCAUUUAUACUUAUGCCACGGACAUAUUCUCUUGUCUAAUAUCUUUCUACGCUAUACCGUUGGCAGAGAAGAUUGGAAUCGAAUAUGCCUGGUUAACAUUUGCAAUGAUUGUGGUCGCGCUACUUAUUCCAGUCAUUAUGCUAAGAUUCUACGGACAGAAAUUGAGAGCCCUGCCGUCUCAAUCUGCUUCAAAUAUCAAAUCUCGUCUCUGA